AUGCCAGACACCAUACGCUUCGAAAGCUUUCUACGCCUACCGAACUUCUUUUACCGCAGUGUCGGCAUCGAUUUAUGGGGCACACAUGGCGGUCUGCUGCAACAAGCUUUAUUCUAUUUGUGCAUAAUAAAUGUUAAUAUUUGGCUAAUCACUGAAGUAAUUUUGGCAUUGAUGAUUUUCGGCAAGAAUAUCGUACAAGCAACUAUGACACUCUCCUACGCUGGCUUCGUACUUGUCGGUUUUAUCAAAUUGUACUACAUGUGGCGAAAGAAACAAGAGUUAACGCGCUUCUUAAUCCAAAUGGACGCCAUUUUUCCACGCAAGGCAAGCCAACAGCAGUCAAUGGAUGUGUCUCGGCAUUUGCGUCAAAGCUCCAUUGUAAUGAGUAUUUUUUCGCUUAUAUUUAUGAUGCUCAUCUGCACCUACAAUCUCUAUCCGUGGCUGCAUCGUGAAUUGUAUGACUGUUGGCUGCACAUGCGCAGUAUAGAAAAGUCGCUACCCUACGAAAGUUACAUACCCUGGAAUUGGCACGAUCACUGGAGUUACUAUUUGCUUUAUGUUUCUCAAAGCUUUGCCGCCUAUCAUGCGGCAGCCGGACAAAUUGCUAGCGAUUUGGUGCUC